AUGCUUUCGAACCGCGAACAAAAGUUCUACUAUUAUUACUUCGUGAUACACAUAUUCACUACCAUUUUGAUAGAUUCGACCGUGGUAGUUCCGGAGAAGUUCCAUUUCACAAAACCACUCGUAGAUUACCAUAUUUCUCUAAACAAUGAUUUCCUUCUUUACGAAAAACCUGUUUGGCUGUGGUGGUUUGUAUUUGUCGAAUGCGUAGGCCAAUUGCCAGCGUUUUUCUGGUUUGCAUACGGAUUCAAGAAAUUGUGGUCUUUGAAGGAACAAUCUGCUGACGACAAAAACUCUAAAUCACAACUGGCCGUUUGCGAAGCGAGACUCAAUUUUUGGCUCAAGGCUUACGGCUGGAACGCAGCACUUACCACGUUAUUUUGUCUUUAUACCGUGUGGACUCGAGGAUACUACCCAUACGAUCAGCAUUUACCAAUGAACGUUGCGGAUAAGUUGAAAUUGAUGGCAGUAUACUGUCCGUACGUAUUCAUUCCGCUUCGUUUAUGCUUCUUAUGA